GUGUUAUCUAUACAUUCCCCCUGCUUUAUCUUUGCUUUUUGUUCUCGACGUUUAUUCAACAAACUAUAAUACCCGCCGCAUAUUUAUUUACGACGUUUUACAAAAUGAACGAAAUAGAUGUCUAAGUCGUCUCUACCGCAUUUCACAGGACAUACCUCACGUCUCCUAAGUGUAAGGGCAGACGCAUGCUCAGUGCACCCGAGCUGUAAAGACUGGCGAUCAAUACCUCGCCGCUUUGGAGAGCUGGGGGCCAGCCGAAAGGAAAGUGAAGGGAAGGAUCACAGCGGGCAGGAGAGGAGCCGUCGCCAGGGAACAUGAUCCCACUGCCAGAAUCCGAUGGUCAUAGGAAGCACCAUCAGUAGAAAUCAGGCACUGAAGUGCGAUUUGAAAAGGGGAAGACCGGCGGGAUCAUUUAAAAAAAAGGUCGUAUGAGAAAUCAUAAAAAAUAAAGACUUUCAAAGAUGCCUCCAGGAAUGAACCAGCCUGCUCCCGGUCUAACUGUCCCAGACACUGUGGGUUCAUUCAAGAGGUGGAAACGUGACUCUAUCGUCAUGACUGUGUCACUUUUCAUUGUAUCCCUGCUUAUUUUGACCAUUGGGUUAACUGCCACCACCAGAACACAGAAUGUCACUGUCGGAGGUUAUUACCCUGGAGUUAUUCUGGGUUUAGGGUCUUUUCUUGGCAUAAUUGGAGCACACCUGAUAGAGAAUAAAAGACAAAUGCUUGUAGCUUCAAUUGUCUUCAUCAGUUUUGGAGUAGUUGCUGCCUUUUGCUGUGCCAUAGUGGAUGGCGUUUUUGCUGCAAGACAUAUUGAUUUGAGACCGGUUUACGCAGGCCGAUGUAAAUAUUAUUCAAGUGUAGCAUCUUUUGAAAAGGAGGUACCCUGCCAUACUUCUUUCUGGGGCCCUUGCAGUCUAAGAGUUAAAAGCAACACCUGCUAUUGUUGUGAUCUGUACAACUGUGGCAACACCCAUUUUGAACUGACUGAGAGCUACCAUGAAUACAUCGAUGUUCACAGCUGUCAAGACGUCGUCCACCUUUAUCACUUGCUGUGGUCAGCAACAGUCCUUAAUAUAGUGGCUUUCUUUCUAGGAAUCAUCACUGCAGCUGUUCUGGGUGGAUUUAAAGACAUGAACUCAGCCAUUUUUCCUGUAUCAACACCAUCUGGAUUGUCCGAUGACUCCCAGUCCAUGUCCAGCUAUAUGUGGCCAUCUAGCAUCCCUCCACGCUACUCACCACCUCACUUCCCUCCAGAUGAGAAACCACCACCUUACAGUCCUUAAAGGAUUAUCCCCAUCUCCCCAGGACUUCUUCACUUUUAUACUAACAUUCUCAGCUUGGUACUGUAAUGGGCACCAAAGAAGUAGGUUUCUAUUUGCCCAUUUUAAAAGAACUGUGAAUUUACUUUUUCUUUUUUAAAGGAACUUUAAAAAAUUUCUACAAAUGCACAUGACAUGCUGUCUGGAACUGCCGUUGGAGUAAUUUUGUGGAUUUAUUGUUUUGCAAUAAUGGACUUUGCUUGUAGCAACAUCCUUGUUUAUAUGGAUGUGGACUUCUGAUUUUGUAUUAUAUCACAUUUCUGAGGCAUUUAAGUUUCAAAAUACCUCAACAAUCCUCUCAGUAAGAAACAUGUUCCCCUCAGGAGUGGAGCACAAAGUGUCUGUGGGUUCAUUAAGAACAUGUUCUACACCUCUGUCCAAGAAAUUGACAAGACAUCAUAAUUGCAUUAAUUUCUAUGCAUGUUUAUAAAAUCAAAGAACUCAGCCUCCAUUUGAGGUGAUAAUCGGAGGAUAAGAAAUUGAUUUUAGUAUAUGUUUAACCGUAUUUUGUUUUUCUGACAUUUAUCCAUUCAUUAAAAACUGUUGGUUUUCAUCUCUCUUUAAAGUAUUUCUGCCGAAGAUACAUGUAUGUCUAAAUUUACCUCCUGAGGCAAACGAGUACACUUCAAAAAUAUUUAGAGAUUACUAUAAUCAGUUAUUAAUAUAGUCAUUACUUAUAAAUAAAAAUGUAUGUAUUUUAGAAA